GCGGACACCGUAGUUUAACAGGAAGUAGACUUUGAAGACUUUUUACCGCGUGAUGGUGACUUUACGGUUCUCCGAGGAGCGACACGUUCUGUCUUCGUGAAAUGAUCGAUACCGGUCAGCUGUGCACAUGGACUCCCUGCAGCUGUUCCUGGAUCGGUUCAGGGCCCGCGGGGAAGCUGAGACCAUCUGGUUAAAGGAGAUAUUCGGCUUCAUCUCAGAACACCUGUGUCCUGAGCUCUCUGAACCCGCCCCUCUAGCUGCUGAUGACGCAGUGACAGGUGUGUGUGCCGAUCAGCUCAGUGUGUGUUUGGUGAGGAAGCUCCAAGAGAACAUGGCUGUCACACACGUCUUACCUGUGAGCUACAGACCGGUGUCAGUCUCAGGGCUGCUCUCCCUGCAGCACCUGGCCUGUGUCAGCAACCCUUCCUGGACCACCAAUCAGCAGCGAGCGUGGGAAAAGGAGGCGGAGCUUUCUCUGCCGGGUCACCUGGCCCUACCGCGGGUCAACCUGCUGCUGAUUGGCUGUCUGAGAGAGGGGCCGGCCGGAGAGUGGAGGCUGACGGACGCCAGCGGCAGUGUCAGGUGUGAGUGCCUGUCUCCCUCUCCUCUGUGGCUGAACCGUCCUGUCUUCCUCCCUCAUUGGAACUACAUCCCCCACAAUGCCCCGGGGCAGAACCAGGAGGUCAGAGGCUACGUGGAGCUAAUUGGUUCUCCUGCACUGUUGUGUCCUGAUCUUGAGCAGGGAUUGGCUGCUCGUCCUGGAGAAGGGGCGGGGCUUAGCAGGGCAGUUGGAGUCAGAGAGGCUGCUGGUUUACUGGACAACAGGACCCGUGGACAACGUAUCUCCGUCUUCGGUCUGGUGGGUUCUGUGUGCCCUCAGCUGGUCGUGGCAGGAACGACCUUCUUCUGCUUCUGGCUGACUGACGAGUCUCACACUGUCCGGGUCCUCGUCAAGGUGUGUGAGGUCACUGAACACCUGCUGCUCUCUGAGGUCUCUGAACUAUCACGAGUCUGUGUCUCUCUGCAGGACAUCAGCAGGCAGUGGUGGACUCAGUGUGUGUACGUUGGUCUAAGUGUGUGUGUGACGGCGUUGCGUGUGUGUGUCCUACGAGGCUGGAGAGGAAACAACAUCCUGUGUGUGACCGAACAGUCUGAACUGCACACAAACUACACACACACUGACACACUGUUGGACACGCCCCCACCUCUGGUGAUGUCACAUGUUGACAAUGAAGACUGCGAGGAGGUGGAGCCUGAGACGGACAAAGCAGGUCUCAGGAUGAAAAAGUCCCGAGUCAUCAGUUACCAGGGCACAGUGACUCAGGUGGUGAGUGAUGGAGCCGGACUGUAUGUGAUUGACAGGAAGGUGGGGCUGUGUCUGGCCUAUCAGCCGGCAACCAGGAGAAAACUGAGAGCAGGAGACUCUGUGGAGCUCCAUCAUGUCCACUUCUUGUACCGGCCCUGUCCUGACUUUCCUCCCAGCAUGCUGUGCACCUGCCUCCGCUCCAGCCUCCGGGUCACUGCCUUCAGCAGGGUGGGGGGGGCACCGCCACCCGAUUCUGCAGGGUUACCACGGUUACUGCUGGAGAAAAACACGGGCGUGUCAGAGUAUCUGUGGACCUGUCACGUGAGCUCUCAACUCGCCCACAGUCUGGUUCCCAGCCUACUGAAGCAGCAGAGUGUGAGCGCCUUGUCCUGGAAGCUGAUGGAGUCUGUGUGGAGAAGAGGACGAGGGGGACGGAGGGACAUCUACUCAGAGAUGUUGGACGAGCCUCACACCUGUCCUCUGUCACAGUACAGUACUGACCCUGCAGUCCAUCAGUACCUCAGUGUAUCCGUCCUCAUUGGGUCUCUGCAUUCUGAGUGCUGGUCUUCGGUCUCGCUGAGCUCCCUUCUGCCUCCUGGUGGAUCCAGUCUGUCCCGGUCUCAGCUCAACACGGCGCUGGCCUGGUCCUGCAGGACCUUGACCUCUGCCCUCCGGGAUGGGCCCCGGACCGGAGACGCACUCGGGCGGCGCCCCCUGCUGGUCGGGCUGCUGGAGCUCCCGACACCGACGUCUGAACCAACUGUGCAGCUCAGAGACGCGACGGGAGCCGUGGCCUGCGUCGUCACGGAAACCAGCCGGGAGGGAGGUCAGAGGGCGGCCUUCAACACCGCCUGGAUAGGCUGUCUGGUGUGUGUCGAGCAGUUCACCAUGGUAACGGAGAGGUUCCUCCAAUCAGAUUUCCCCUCCUACCAACACCUCAACCAGGACAAGUACAUCACACAUAAACACUGCAGAGUCUACCUGCAGUUUUCUCUGGACCACCUCCACAUCCUGAGUCCAUCUGUUGCCAUGGCUACACACCUGGGACAGAGGGGGGAGGAGUUAGGAGGUGAUGUCACAGAGAGGAAACAGACUGUAGAAGAAGAGGAGAUGGAGGGAGCUACGACUGCAGGGAGGAAGAGAAGAAAAGCCUCCGUUACCGUGACUACCGGCCCUGUGGGUGGCGGCUUCAGACCCUGCGUCUCCUUGGUGAUCAGGGUGGAGCAGAAGGAGGGCGUGGUCCAGAAGGUGCAGGGGGUGGGGCUAACACACUGCUUCUCAGUCAGAGCCGCUGUGGUUGGUCCAGUGGUCAGCUGGGGGCGGGACCCAAAGAACGGACCAGUGACAGACAGAGAGACGGAGACAGAGCGCGAGGACAAAGUGGUCCUGGUUCUCUCCGGUGGGUCCGCUCGCUGGUUUCCUCUCCUCCAGCCCGGAUGUUUCUACAGACUCACUGCCCCCAACACACAGGAUCCCAGUGUUUUAAUUGGGCGUGGUGUUUCUGGACAGGGGGGGGUGGAGCUUCACACAGACCCCACCCUUCAGGUCCGAUCCAAUUGGAGGCUCCACACUUUGACACGCCAACCGCUGCAGGCUCUCUCGCCCACAGUCCUCUCUGUCUCUGAGGUCUUGGACUCCAGGUCAGAUAUGGUGUGUUUUCAGGCUCGGGUGUGUGACAGGAUCAGUCUCAGUGACCGGACCAGUAGCACUGCUGCAGGUGUGUGUGCUGGUGUGCGACUCACAGUGUGGGACCAAACUGGGAGGACUCUUCAGGUGUACCUGGACUUGAGCCACACCCUCUACCCAUCUGGCCUGUUGCCUGGCAACACACUGCUGCUCUCUGGCUUCCAGCGGAGAGUGUCCAGGUCAGGAGGCGUGUACUGCCGCUCUCUUCCUGUCAGCUGCGUGACGGUGAUGUCACUGGGAGAUACGAGCUCUGUCCGGCCUCCUCCUGCUCCCAUGAUGCACCUGGGUGUGUGGGCAGUGGGCAGAGAACAGAGCGGCAUUGUGGGUCGGGUCAGAGGUCAUGUGGUGUGUUUCCUGUUCCUGCAGCUGCAGUGGAGCUGCUCGCUGUGUGGGAGUCUCUACCUGCAGACUUGUUCCAGUUCACAGUGUCCAUCGACUUCAUCCGUCUUUCAGUCCAAAGCAAAGCUGGUGAUUGAUGACGGCACCGGUGAGGCUCACGUGUGGUUCUCAGGCGCUCUGGUUCCUCCUCUGCUGGGAUUGGCUGAUUCUAAGUGGGAGGGACUUCAGAGAGCGCUAAGAGUCAGAGGUCACGUCCGCGUCUACCCCCGGGGGCGGAGCUUGGUGUGCGACUCUGAUGACCCUCUCCUCCACUUCCUGUUGUGUCUGUGCAGCAGUGAUGUUGUGUGUCGUCAGCUGUCUCUCACCUGCAGAAAACCAAACCAGCAGCGAUCAGAAGAGAUGAAGAGAUUCAGCAGAGGAGAACGGGACUUCAUGACCAGGGUGACUCCUCCCCUACAGCUCACCUGUCUGCACCUGGAGGCUGUCUGACCUCACCUGUAAACAAAAACACUGUCUGACCUCACCUGUAAACAAAAACACUGUCUGACCUCACCUGUAAAUAAAAACUAACUGACAUUA